AUGUUCUUUUACUGUAAAAAUGCCAAAAUUUUAAAUUAUGUCAAAUCUUGCAAAAUUUCCCUUAUUUGUUCGUACGGCUUUUCUACAUCCUCUAACCAAACUUUGACAAAACGUAUCAAAUCUGAAUCUAAAGCGGUUGUUGUAGGUGGUGGGAUUGUUGGUUUAUCUACACUAUAUCAUUUAUCCAAAAAGGGUUGGUCUGAUGUUUUAUUACUUGAAAGAAAAGAAUUGACUAGUGGAUCAACCUGGCAUGCUGCCGGUCUUCUCCCAAUUUUUAAUAUCAACUACACUAUCGGUCAACUUCACAAAUAUUCUGUAGAAAUGUAUCAAAGACUAGAAAAGGAAACAGGCGUUGAUAUCGGUUUUAGACAAUGUACUAAUCUUCGAGUAGCUUGUACAAAUGACCGUUGGGAUGAGUAUAUGUAUUAUAAGGGUAUUGCUGACACAAUUAAUGUCCCAGUUAAUAUACUAACAAAAGAGGAAGUUAAUAAAUUAUGGCCUAUUUGCAAAAUUGACGGUAUUUUGGGAGGAAUUCAGCAUCCAGAUGAUGGAUACCUCCAACCUGCAAAUUUGGCACAAGCCUUUGCUAAAGCUUCUCGGGAUCUAGGAGCUACAAUUUAUACACAAACCCCUGUAAUUGAUAUUAACCCUUUUUAUGUUGAAAAUUCUAAUAAAAAUAAAUGGUUAAUUAAAACAAACAGAGGUAAUAUAAUUACUGAUCAUGUUAUUACUGCAACAGGAAGUUUUGCAAGAAAAACUGCUAAAAUGAUGGGAAUUCAAUUACCUGUAUUGCCAGUAGAACAUCAUUAUUUAGUUACAGAACAACAUCCAAUUUUAUUAGAAAGAAAGAAACAAGGAUUGCCCGAAUUAAGUAUAUUUAGAGAAAGUGAUAAUUCUUGGUAUAUUCGGGAAGAGAAUGGAGGCUUUAUUGUUGGUAUUUAUGAGAAGGGAGCACCAGCUUGUUAUUUAGAAGGGCCGUCUGAAGAUAGUGAAUUUGAGCUUUUUCAACCAUGCAUGGAACGAAUUAUGCCACAUAUUGAGAGGGCAAUAGAUCGAGUGCCUGCCUUUGGUGAAGUUGGUAUCAAAACAAUAUAUAAUGGUGCAAUUCCUUUUACUCCGGACGGAGUUCCUAUUGUUGGGCCAGCUCCAGGACUUUAUAAUUAUUGGCUUAGUGAAGGCCAUACGUUUGGUAUUACAGCAGCUGGAGGUGCUGGAUGGCAGUUAGCUGAAUGGAUAGUUACUGGUGAACCAAACAUUGAUAUGACGAGUUUAGAUCCACGUCGAUUUGGGGAUUAUGCCUCACAUAAAUGGAUUCAGUUAAAGUGUGAAGAAGUUUCUGAAAAUAUCUUUACUAUACAUUACCCUGAUGAAGAAAGGUCCGCUGGCAGACCACUCUUAACAUCUCCUUGUUAUGAACGUAUGGCUAAUUUAGGAGCAGUUUUUGGUUCAAUUUGUGGAUGGGAAAGACCUAAUUGGUAA